CCUCCCUCAUCACACGCUAUCGAUAACAUCAUACCACAAUCUUUGUCUCUAUCGUCUGCGGUUGGAACAGCUUCAGUUUGAGCUCGUUGCUACUUACUGGUGUGUUCUUUCCUUAGAUCUGAAGCGGAUAAACAUACCACUGGUUGGCGAGUUUUCUUCUCUGUUCUGUAGAUUCACCUAGAACCGAAAUUCUACUUUCCAGUGAGAUAUCUAGGUUUCCGGUCACGACGGUGCAAAAUGGGGUUCUCGUUUCCGGAGGAUCUGUUAGAACAUGUUUUCUCGUUCAUAACCUCUCAUAAGGACAGGAAUGCCGUUUCAUUGGUGUGCAAGUCGUGGUACGAGAUCGAGCGGUGGUGCCGGAGGAGGGUUUUCAUUGGGAACUGUUACGCUGUGAGCCCGGGGAUUGUGAUUAAGAGGUUUCCGGACUUGAAAUCGGUUGAGUUGAAAGGGAAACCGCAUUUUGCGGAUUUUAAUUUGGUUCCGGAUGGUUGGGGAGGAUAUGUUUACCCAUGGAUCGUUGAGUUUUCAAGAGCGUACCCUUGGUUAGAGGAGAUAAAGCUUAAGCGGAUGGUAGUCACUGAUGAGAGCUUGGAGUUGAUUUCCAAGUCUUUUAAGAGCUUUAAGGUUUUAGUUCUGUCUUCAUGCGAGGGUUUCAGUACCGAUGGACUCGCUGCCAUUGCCGCUAAUUGCAGAAAUUUAAAAGUACUAGAUUUGCGGGAGAGUGAAGUGGAGGAGCUAAGUGGGCAUUGGUUAAGUCACUUCCCUGAUAGUUUCACCACAUUGGAGUCUCUUAACAUAGCUUGCUUGGGUUCUGAGGUAAGUUUCUCAGCCCUUGAGCACCUGGUUGCCCGCUCACCCAACUUAAAGACUCUUCGACUCAACCGUGCUGUACCCCUUGACAAGCUCUCAACACUUCUACACAGAGCCCCACAGCUGGUUGAGUUUGGCACAGGUGCCUAUUCUGCAGAAACUCGACCCAGUGUGUAUUCAAGUUUAUCAGAAGCUUUCUCACAUUGCAAAGAGCUUAAGGACCUUUCUGGGUUUUGGGAUGCAGUUCCUUCAUAUCUCCCAGCCAUUUAUCCGGUUUGUUCUAGGCUCACUUCAUUGAACUUGAGCUAUUCCCCUAUCCAAAACCCUGAGAUCACCAAGAUCAUAACUCAAUGCCAUAAUCUCCAGCGUCUAUUGGUACUGGAUUACAUUGAGGAUGCUGGGCUUAAUGCCCUUGCUAUGUCAUGUAAGAACCUACAAGAGCUAAGGGUGUUCCCUUCUGAACCAUAUGUAAUGAAUUCAAACGUCUCCUUAACAGAGCAAGGCCUUGUUUCUGUUUGUGAAGGGUGCCCUAAGCUUCAGUCAGUUCUCUAUUUCUGUAGACAAAUGUCAAAUUCUGCAUUGGUCACCAUUGCUAGGGCACGUCCUAACUUAACAUGCUUUCGUCUGUGCAUUAUCGAACCCCAAGCCCCUGAUUACCUCACAUUUGAACCACUGGAUUCCGGUUUUGGAGCCAUAGUAGAACACUGUAAGGACCUCACACGUCUUUCAUUAUCCGGUUUCCUUACAGAUCGUGUGUUCGAGUACAUUGGGGCACAUGGUAAGAAGUUAAAGAUGCUUUCUCUAGCUUUUGCUGGCGAUAGUGAUUUAGGUUUGCAUCAUGUUUUAUCGGGGUGUGAGAGUUUAAGCAAGUUGGAGAUUAGGGAUUGCCCUUUUGGGGAUAAGGCUUUGUUGGGUAAUGCUGCUAAGCUGGAGACAAUGCGAUCCCUUUGGAUGUCUUCAUGUUCAGUUAGUUUUGGAGCGUGUAAAUUGCUUGGUGAAAAGAUGGGUAGGGUUAAUGUUGAGGUUAUGGAUGAGAGUGAUUACUUGGAGUUGGAUUCAAAGUCGGAUGGUUGUUUAGUUGAAAAGCUUUAUGUAUAUCGCACAGUCUCGGGUCCAAGGCAUGACAUGCCUCCCUUUAUAUACACAAUGGGUCAAGACUCUGCAUACAGGUUGAAUUAGUUAGGGAUAUGAUGUCAUUGGGUAUAGAAGAUUGAUUACAAGGUAGUACUCCAUCAUUUGAGUUGCCUUAUUUAUUUAUGUUGUUAAUUUAGUAGAAAGUUACAUUUUUCUUAGAAUUUAGUUUGCAUACUGUCUUUUGAGGGGAUUGUAAUACGUCAUUCCUUGGCAGGAAAUGUGAUGGAACUCAGUAAUAAAUUAAAUAUUGAAUAAUUUAUGUGU